AUGAUGCAGUUCAUCAAAAUUAUCUUAUACUGCUGUUGUGUAUUUACUGGACACUUUUCAAAUGGAAGCCGCAUUGACGCUUCAGAAAUCAAAACGCGUCUCAUCAAUCAUACAAUGGAAUUAAUUAAUAAAGAUUUUACGGAUAAUUCGAAUCCAGUGAUAGUAAGUUCUGAUUUAGUUGAUGACCAAUUUGUAAGUGGAAAUGUCGAUAAUGGAAAUCCGCUGAUUAUAGUGAAUAGCAAUUUUAAACGUAAGCAAAUGGUAGGGUAUCAUCCUGGCUAUCCUACGUACGUCAUCAGGUUUGAAUCCAUGCAGAAACUGGUUCCACUCAUUUUUGGGUUCAUGGGCUCAACAAUUUGGAGUAUAAAGUCACCAAUUUUCAUUCUGGACAUUUCUGAAAAGUUUUAUGCUACGAAUCCUUAUUCAGUUCUUCGAUUCCUCGCACACUUUGAUAUCUUGGUAUCAUAUUACUUGCGUUAUGAUAAGGAUGAAGAUUCAACCGUACUCUACACUCUGAACCCUUACACACAAUUCGCUCCGUUACCUUGGAAUCAAGUAGGAACUUCAAAUGGCAAUAGUACAACAAAGCCGACACUAUACAGUAUGCGGUAUCCGAAAGAUUUGAAGAAAAAGUAUCGAAUCAUUGACUUCGAUAAAACUCAGUACUUGGACGGUCAUAAAAUAGAAUUGUUGGCACUUACUGACUUAAGAUAUUCAACCGAACAGCAUAAACAGAAAAUAGUUAAUGAGUACAUAAAACAGAUUGAAGAGAUACAAGACUUCACAUUAUAUUCUUUACCUGAUUAUAUGAACGUAAAAACGUCACUUCAUGUCAUCGAUAAAUAUUUCACUAUCAAAAUGGUGAAAUCAGGUUUCGAUCAAAAUCUUUUCGCUCGUCAGUAUGAUGCAUUCAACCAACAGUCUCAACUAGCAGAUACUAAUUAUAAAUUAAUGGAUUUUGUGACGCAAUACCAAGAAAGACCCUAUUCAAUAUUAACGAAAAAGACUGAUUAUUUAAUGGUAAUCAGGGAAGUUAACAUAAAUCUGAAUUUGAUCUGUAUCACAAUCUUUGUGUUGUUACUCAUUCUACUGAUCAUAAUAAUGAAUAAUAAAUUUCACGUUAGCCAAGGAAUUAUGGACAUUGUGAGCAUGUCACUGGGAAUGGGAAUAAUGUCUCCAAUUGAACGUCUCUCGAUGAAGAUCACUUAUUUCUUUGGAUUUUUAUUCAUUUUUGUAGUGAUGCCCGAGUUCCAAGGUCAGAUCUCAGCAAUUCUGUCGCAACCAGCCCGACGUAAUGUCGAAACUUUAAAGGACUUAUUUGAAAAUAAGUACCAUGUAUUUUUCGACGGAUUGUUGAUAAAUGAUAUGAUGAAUGAAAAAUUGUGGGUGACCGAUGAGGACCAGAAAUACUUGCAUCCAUCAAGUGAUCGUGAUUUGGAAAAAUGUGCAAUCGAAGCCCAACAAAAUUCAACUAUCGCUUGUAUAGACGUUACUGAAUUCCUACUUACAUACGCUUUAAAGCUCAAGAGUCUUCAUAUAUCAAAGGAAAGUGUCUUCAAAACAUACUACGUGUUUUGGACUAAGAAGAACUGGGCUCUGAAGGACAAAAUUGACAAAGCUCGUUCAAUACCAGUGGAAAUAGGAUUAAUCAAUCAUUUUGAUGAGGAGAUAGAUCUACGGAAAAAGAUUAAGAAGAUAGAGAAAAUCAAAGAAGGUGAAAACUAUGAACGUAUCGACUUUGAAAAUUUGGUGUUUUAUUUCAUUAUGUUUGCGGCAAUUUUGCUAUGGAGUUUGGUCAUAUUUGGAAUUGAACUUAUUGUUCACCACAAUCAUUCAAAAUAUAAAAGACAGGAAAAGGAGCGACAACAGUUCAUGGAGAGAUUGAGAGCACAACCGCGAAUCACUUUUUUUUCGGGUCGGAUUGUUCCGUCAACUAGCCGCGAAUGA